UCAUGCUCUCUGAAUACCGUAAACCGUGUGGCACCAGGAAUCUAGCCAUGCUAGACAAGCGGAGCAAUAAGGCUACUCCUUUGUGGUGAUUAAAAAAAACACAACAGAAAAGACAAAAGGAAGAGGGAGAGGUGGAGAAAGACACACAGAGAGAACGAGAGAGGAGGAGAAAGCAGCCUAGGGGUGGAGAGGAAGAUUUAUAAUCAGUAUUCACAGCACUGGUGACAGUUCCCUUAGCAGUCGGAGAGGUGGUGAGCAGCUCAGGAUGAAGCUAGCUGUGGUCCUCCUGCUUGUGGCCAGCCAGCUGAAUGUCCAGGUAGAGUCGAAGGAUGUCCCCUGUGAGGAUAAUGACGUCUUCCGAGCUGUGGAUGUGGCACUGACAAAAUACAAUAACCAAAAGUCAGACGGCAGCCAGUUUGUCCUGUACCGAGUAAUUACAGCCUCUCUGACGGAUUCCAAUGAGCCUACUUUCGCAAUAACCUAUGAAGUCCGAGAGAGCAACUGUCUUGUCAAGACGGGAAAAGGCUGGAAAGAAUGUGACUACAAAGAUUCUGAACAACGGGAGCAGGGAGAAUGCACAGCCAUAGUGAAGAAUAUGAAUGGACAGGAAUUCAACGUGAUUGAACAGAAUUGCAACAUCAUUCCAGCUCGUGAUGUAGUGGUGGCAAGUCAUGCCCCAUGCCUUGGAUGUUCCCAUCUCAUAUCAACCAACAGUUCAGAUUUGGAAAAGAUUUUGAAACACGCUCUUCAACAUUUUAAUGAAAAAUCUAAGCAUGAAUAUCUCUUUGCCCUUAAAGAAGUUCUAAGAGCCUCGAGACAGGUAGUCAAUGGGUGGAACUAUGAGCUCCAGUAUUCAAUCAUGCAGACUGACUGUUUAAAGACGGACGACAGCCAACUAAGUCCCAAGUGCAAGUCUAUGCCUAAAGAGGAGAUCAAUACCUGCAAUGAUUUCAUCUAUGUAGAUCCCAAAAUGAAAAUCAAUAUCCUCUCACAGACUUGCAAACCAGGGAAUGACUCCACGUCUUCCGAGAUCCAAAAGAUGUCUGUCUACAGCCCAGAGUUGAAUGAGCCUUUGAGACAGGCCCUUGAAAAAUUUAACUCUGAGAGUAAAAGCAACUUCUACUUCAAGAUAGGCACCAUUCUGAAAGCAGAAUCCCUGGCGGGAUCUGGAACCAAAUACAUCAUUGAAUUUGUCAUCAGAGAAACUAACUGCUCUAAAGAGAAAGACGAGUAUUCUGAACAAUGUGAAUUAAAGAAAUUUGGAGAUUCUUUGACAUGCACAGCGAAUGUUUCUGUGGAGGCUGCAGGUACAUUUAAUCCCAAAGUUCACUGUGAGGAACUGAAACAGAUGCUGCUUAUGAAAAGACCUCCAGGUUUUUCCCCUUUUCGAUCAUAUGUAUCGAAAAUAAAAAUGAAAGUAGCAAUAGCUCCAAGUGAGCCCCAGACUUCUGAUAUGACUGAACAAGAGGAAGAACAAAACCCAGGAAAAGGACAAGGGCUUACUCGUGGCCAUGGUCAUGGGCACCAAAAGGGACAUAACCCUGGCCAUGGAAACAAAGAUCACCCUGGCCCUGGCCUUGGGAAUAAACAUGGACUUGGUCACAGCCAAGGACGUGGCUUUAGGCACAAACACAAGCCUGGUCAAGGUCAUCAGAAACAUGAAAAAAAAGACAAGAAAGGCCCCGUGAGUUGGACAAAUGAGUAUGUGGACAGCACAACUGAAGAGAAUUCUCCUUUUCCCAUGACACAAGAAGAGACACAAGGCGCCCCGCCCCUCCAGAGCCCAUCAGUGCAGGGGGCCACUGCUCCUCUUUCUGAUUUUCAAGAUUUAGAUCUCCUUGCUCCUAACCCAACCAAUCCUCCAUCUGAGCCUACAAUUGAGGAGGAAGAGAAGGCAGGAGAGGAAGAGGUCAUAGAGGAUGACUGGAUCCCACACAUCCCUGUCUAUCGAGAGAGUCCCUUGUUUACUCUGGUGCCUGAUUUUCCAGAACCAUCCACCCCCAAAUGCCCUGGACGCCCAUGGAAAUCGAUUGAUGUGAUAGACCCAGUCAUGGAAGAGAGUCGAUAUGAGGACUUUGACCUCUCUGAUGCUAUUGACUUUGGGAAGAAAUGAUUUUCCUCCUGGCCUUUCACCAUCCCACUGCCCAGACAUAAUGGACCAUCAACCAUGACACCUCAGAAUAGCCCAAAACAAAGGUUGAGACUCAGCGUGGAUGCUGGGAGUCUCAAUGAACUAGUGAAAAAUUGUUGCUUUGUAAAGACCUAAACUGGUCCUCAUUCCUUAAGGCAAGCAAGUUCCCUCAGCAGGAUAGAAGAUGGAGAAAGUAGAUUUGUUUUGAGGCUAUUUCCAACUGGAGUUUCUAACAACAGAUAUCAGGGAGCAAGGGUAUUUGUUGCUUGGAAGGAUAAUUAAUUAUUAUCUUUAAUUAUCUAUUCAAACUAAUUUUCACCUGUGCAUGAGUGUCAAAGAACAGAACCUAAAUGGUAACUAAGGGUGUGCCUGGCACAUAAUUAACUGGUGCUUAAUUAAUGCUUGUUGAUUGAUUUGUAGAAGUAUGAUUGUCAAAGAAAUCUUUUUAUAAUUGGAAAGAAACCAAUACGGUAUUUGAUACAGAUGGUUGAGAGGGAAGCCUCUGGAUCUCUUCUUUGGGUCCACCUCACAACACAUCCUUAGCUUUUGCCAAUGGAACAGUUUGUUUCUAUCCUGGUGCCCUUGCAAUGUGCCCUAGUUGGCCUCUUACUGAUUCUUAAAACUUCAUCAUUUUCUCGACUUUUCAUCAUUUGUUCUACUUUUGCAUGGAGAAACUGUAGAAUAAUGGGAUUAACUAACUCAUGGCUGUUUGAUAAACCUCUAACUUCACAUGAUUGGAGGCACUAAAUAACUAAGGCCCUCUUCUACUCUGUCUCUACCCUAUCUCUACUUUGGUUCAUUAUCUUUACUUUGAUUCACUAAGCAGGGGGGAAAUCGUACUCAGUCACCUGUGAAAUAACAGUUGCUAUGUCUAAUUGGAAAUUAACCAAUCAGCUUAACUACAUUUUACUGUCCUUACAGGGACACUUAAGGCCUUGCAUAUAUCAGAACCGACACCCAAAGAUCAAUAACAGAUAGAGCGAUCGAAGAUAGAAGUGUCUUGACACCAAACACAGUGGAAAAGCAUGUAGUCCUAAAACAUCAUACAUCAGCAGUCUACUGGAGAAGACCAGAGAAAUAGACUUCACUGAAUGGAGCGGCAGCUCUUUACUCUGCAGGAGUGAAAUAAAGUUAAAUCAUGAUUAUCUGA